UCCGCCAGGAGCCGGGCGCGGAGGCCGCUGCGAGGCAGCCCGGCGGGGCCCAGCCGAAGCAAGUUGCUGCCCCAUGAUGUGCGAGACAGGGCUGAUCGCGCCAGAGCCCGCUAGCCCCAUGCAGUACUAUGGUGAAUCAUCUGACACCUACUACCAUGUUGACCGCUGGCAGAGGCUCCGCACGGCUGUCAGAAAACUGGAGUUCUGGGAAAAUUUCAACGCUGAACUGAUAGGUAGUGGCUUCUUCUCCAAGGUCUACAAGGUGACCCAGGCUGCCACUUGCAAGGUGAUGGUGGUGAAAAUCUACAAGAAUGACGUGGACCAGGAGGUGAUUGUGCGUGAGAUCAGCCUGCUGCAGAAGCUGUCCCACCCCAAUAUCGUCAGGUACCUUGGAAUAUGCGUGAAGGAUGACAAGCUGUACCCCAUUCUGGAGUAUGUGAAUGGGGGAUGCCUGGAGGAACUUCUGGCCAGCAAAGACAUCACUUUGACCUGGAGGGAGAAAGUGGACUUAGCUUCUGACAUCACCAGAGGCAUGAUCUACCUGCACUCCAAGAACAUCUACCACCGAGAUCUUAACUCCAAGAACUGCCUCAUUCGAGUGACCCCACGGGGCCGUGAAGCCUUGGUGACUGACUUCGGGCUGGCCAGGGAGGUGGUGGAGUUGCCCAUGAAGGAUGUGGAGAGGAAGUUAUCUCUGGUGGGCUCAGCUUUCUGGAUGGCUCCUGAAAUGCUGAGAGGAGAGCCUUAUGACCGGAAGGUGGACGUGUUCUCCUUCGGCAUUGUCCUUUGUGAAAUUCUGGGCAGGAUACCAGCUGACCCUGAAGUGCUUCCUAGGACUCAGGAUUAUGGCUUGGAUGUCGCUGCCUUCCAAGGGAUGAUAAGCGAAUGUCCCAAGCGGGUGAUGGACCUUGCUGCUUGCUGCUGUCGAGUAGAUGCAUUUAAGAGGCCGUCCUUCUCUGAAAUCCUGGAUGAGUUGGAAGAUGUUGCAGAGAACCUGGAGCCUAGGAAGGACAAUCAGCUUUCGGGCUGACCUGGCUGGCUCCUGUGAGGCAUGAUGGAGUAUCACAAAAACUGUAAAUUAACUGUCUGAGGGAUCAGGAGUGAAGAAGGAAAGUGGGGAAAGGGAGAACAAAGUGAUGCACUGGUAUUUAUUUAAUCAUAGUUUCUAAGUUGUUGUAUGGAAAACAUGGUUAAAAAUGGAGAAGGGACUUACCAAGAGUACAUUUUUCCUAGCUAAGGUUUUUAACAGAUGUAAUUUGGAACUGAACAGCUUUGCUUGUAAAAAAAACAAAUGAUCUUGGAGGGCUGGCCGGGGACCUAAUUCCCUCAGGAUGCUUUCCAAAUUUCCAAAAGAAAUGUAGAUUCUCUCCUACUUUCCCUCCCCACCUGGUCCCAGGGCCUUCCUCUUCUCUUGCUCCUCCAGCCUUGGAGAAUAGCCUCUCUGGAGACUGGGAAUCAGUGCAGUGUGAAGGAGAGGGGCUUUGGGGUACUCAGUGAGCCCUCAAAGUUGUCUUAUAGUUCAAAGCCUUAAAACACCUGUCCAGUAACCUUGUAGGGACAGAUCUGUUCUUGCAGUGUUUCUAGUCACGUGGCCUUCGGGAUUAGGGUCUCCUGGCACUGCAUGCAGAGUAUGCCCAAGUGCUGAGGUGCCAGGCAAGCAUGUGGAGGUCCUGCAGGCUGUUCAUGGGACGCUAGCCUGGGACAGGUUGAGGGGUGGGAGGAUGUGCCUUAUCAAGAUACAAACUAACAAACUAAUAUUUCUUCUCAGAAAAGCUUUGUCAGAUGUGUGUCAUGUAAGAGCCAUGUCCCAGCUCAAUGGCAGUCUAGAUUUCUUCCCACUGUCCUUACCCAGGACUCAAAGAUGGAGUGAUCUGCCUCCUCCCUCAUCAUCCUGUUGCAAAUGCACAGUGACAAGUACAGCAAUGACAGCUUGUAAGGCCAAAACAGGGGAGAUCUGGGUCCACUGUGAGCUGGGACUUUGUUUUGUUGCCAUGUUUCCUCCUGUGGGCUGGAGGAGGGUGCCAGGGCUGCAGAUCCAAACUCGAAGUGGAAAAAAUUGUGGCUAGAAAUGCUCUUGCAUUGCAAAUUAAGAGAAAGAAGUGAACAAUCAAUUCCCAGCCCCUAGAUCAGCUGCCUGCUAGGCCAUGGUUCUGAAAAACUGAUGUUCUACUAGGUCCAUUUUUUUGUGGGUGUAAGUAGGUGUAAUGUCUAGACAGCAGUGGAGCUGUGGCUCUGCUCUUAUAGACUGUAAGUUCUUGGAGCGAGGAUCUUUCAUCCAUCCAAAAAGUGCUUGUACAGUGUUUAGCCCGGUGGAGCCUUCAACUGAGGGUCUUGCUGCUGUAUGGUGGUAGACCUACAUGGAGGCCUCCUCUCAUGCUCUUGAAGCCCGAUGUAGUGUCCUAUGGAUCCCAGUGUCUCUGUGCCAUGGUGCCUAUGUAGGAAACUGUCGGUAGUGUGCUGGGACAGAGGCAUUGUAGAAGAACAUUAUGCAGCUUUACCAGGGACCAAAAGGAAAUGGGAGCUGACAUGAAAUGCAGUGUGUGGCACAAGGAUCAUCAGCUCAGCCACAAGUCUGGAGAUCAUCUGUUGCUCCUCAUUCCUCAGAGCUGUCAUAAAGCUUUUGUUGUGUGCUGAUGUUUGAGUACAAGAAACCUUCUGCUCAAGAGCAAAAGUUCCCAGAAAAUAUCUUCAUUCCAGCUGGAUUCCUGUACUGCUAGCUGAGAGGAGCAAAGCAUCAAGGAGCAGGAGAGUGAAAAUAAGGAAAAUUUUCAGCCUGGAAAAGGGAGAAUGGCCUCUUUUUGACUUGUGCCAGUUUGGUGGCUUCAGACCAGUGGAGUGAAAUGGAGUACAACAACAGUGAAAACAGCACUGAUAUACAUGUUUAUCUUCAGUUAGAACCAGCCAUGACCUUGCAUAUUUGAUUAUCAGAAGUUGAACUGACAGAGCUAACUACAACCUCCCAAGAUGCCCCAGGCUCCUUUGCGCUGAGUGAGAAGAAACUUUUCUUGCACAGUGGUAUAGGCUCAAGAAUGAGGAACUCAAUGAUAUGUCCUAACACCUGAAACAUUAAGGUAGGAAACCUUUCCCAAAGGACACUGAAGACAGAGGAUUGCUGUCCAGCUUGUGUCAGACCCUGGCUAGGUGAAGUGCCUUCACAUAGCCUUUCUCCAGCUUUCUCUAUGCUGCCUAGUCUCCUUGGCUGAAGUCUACUCUUCCUCUGCUCCUCCUGCACAAGAAUGGUGUAAAGGAAGACAGACGACUUACAGCCUAUUGUGGGGUGAAGGUAUCUUGUUUUGGGAGGCUCUUCUGUAGUGAUCCUUCACUGCCAGCUGCCCCCUCUCCAGGACCACGAAGACUUGGUGCUGGUGUUGGUGUGUGCCCUACCACAGAUUGGGCUGACCCUUCCUCCAGCAGUGCCUCUGGUUCUGGUCCUGUGGAGUAACAACUGUGGGACUGAAGCACAGUAGAAAUGGCGUGUAGUGUUGUGGAUAGUUCAGUGAGGCUUUAGUAUGAAAGAGAUUCUUUCAAUUUUAUUUGUCUGCCCAGGUGUAAGAGGCCUGCUCCCAGAUUAAACAGGUCUGUGGGAAUAUUAUUCUUUGCACAGUGUACAAGGGUAUUUGUCAACAUGCCCUGAUCUGAGAUGGGAUAGCUGGUCCUGCAGAGCUGGCCAGACAGAGACUGAUGCCAAUCAAGGCCAUAAAUGAUGCUUUCACUGGAACUAGUAGUUAUAUCAGUACUUUUGACUAAAGAGGACAUGGGUCUGUAUGCUGUCUUGCCAUUCCUCAUAAGAUUAACGUGUUGGUGACUCCCUGAUAUGGAGUUGACCCCAACCACCAGCACUGUCCCCAGCUUUCUUGGUCAUGAUUUGAGAGUUAGCAUGAGCCAGGAAACAUUCCCAGUGGCCUUCCCCAGUGGGAUGUACAGGCUGUCCUGAAGGGAGAGAGAGGUUGGUGGUUUGGACACAGCUAGGCUAGACCAUGUAGCCCCAGGGCCAGACAACAGGCCUUGUUCAGUCUCCCGGGGUCAAUGUGGCUGGUACAACUAGGUCUAUAUUACACCUGUUGCUCCAGGCGUCCAUGGGAGCAGUCACAAAGGCUGGACUCAGGGCUGUGUUUCUUUGAGUUUCCCCUGUGUUCCAUCUGCUCCCAUAGUGGGAGAACACAUGUCAGAUUUCACAUGACAGGAAAACCCUAGGUCCUUAAAAGAAGGACCUUUGGUAUCCACUAAAAGAAUAUUUGGGAUUGAAACUAUCUGCAAGCACCAUGUGGACUAGCAGAGCCAAUACUGGGAGCUCACAGAGAAUAGAGAAAGUUUGGGAAUUUGGCUGGUGAAUCUAGAGGAGCAAGGGUUUCUACUCCACCAUUCAGAGUUGGAGGAAGAGAUGAGCCCAGGUAACCAACUGAGAUCCCUUUUAGCUGUGAGCCCUCACUCUGGGACUGCUCUCCAUAGGAAGCAGGGCCAAGUUUCCCCACAGCAGUCUGGCACAAAGUUCAGGUCAGCAGCUGACUUUCGUAUUUCAGUGUCCUGGCUCUGAAUUGAAGCAACCAUGAUAGUGGAUGGAGAUUCUGGGUGACACAGCAGGCUCAACUUCACCGGAUCUGAGCAGGAGCUUCCUCCUCUCCCACUCUCUCCUCUGUUGACUGUUCUGCUCCGCAGAUGCCAUGCUGUGCCCCAUGGGCCCAUAAAUUUCCAUGUCCUGCAAUAUAUCUUUGUUAGUUUUUUUAAAUACCAUUUGGGAAUAAAGUUUAGUGGUUCUUUCCCGUA